UGCAGGCUCGAGCCUCGGGACCGCUCCCGCCCGCGCGAUCUUAACCAUCCAGCCCAGCGCGCAAGCGCUCCGGGGGCUUCCCUCCGGCGCAAGAGCCAAGGCGAACGUGUGUCGGAGCCCGGACAGACGUCGGGGGCGAAGGCGGCGACGGCGGCCAGCCCACCAGCGCAUCAUGGCUUCCCCCCUUUUGACGCCUGCACCCGGGAAGCACUCCCCCGCGUAUACCGGCGGAGUGGGAGCCUCGUCGAGCGAGGAGGACACCACGAAACGGCGGGCCAUGGCGAUGCGGCACGCACUGCACUCGGCGCUCACUUGCACGGCCACACAACCGACAGAAACCAAGAAGAUAAUAGGAAAAACAUGAAGCAGGUCUUAGCACUAGCUCUCGCUCUGGUGGCAGUGGCCGUGGCUCUUCCAAGGGCGAAGCGUGCCGCCUACGAGCUCCCCGACGGCGUCGAGUUCCUGGUGGGUUCGGUGAAGACGUCCUUUACGUGUCCCGCCAAGAACGGCUACUUCGCCGACGUGGACAACAACUGCCAGAUCUUCCACGUGUGCAACGUGGUGUCCAAGGACGACGGCAGCACCGAGGUGCAGCAGUACAGCUUCCUCUGUGGCAACCAGACCGUGUUCAACCAGUUCUCGCUCACCUGCGCGCUGCCGGAAGACGCCAUCCCGUGUAGGAGUUCGCAGGACUUCUUCUACCUGAACGACAGGCUCGGCCAGGAGAAGGUCAAUUUGCACGACGAGUCUGACUUGCAGCGAGCCGUGCCGCUCAUUCCCCGGUAUCAGCAGGCUCCGUUCAAGGCUUGAGGAGUCGAACAAGACGGCCUUUGAGACCCGCCAGACCUUAACCCCAAGACCCGUAUUCAAUCACCCUCCUCCCCCUCUAAGUCUGGUCCUCUCGCUUCGGGUCUGUGUACAGUUCUCUUGGUAGCUGGACUUUGCGAUAACUGCACCGCUUUGGGCCGGCUUUCGAGUCUUCUAUGCUGCUCCGUUUGGCGAACCACUGUAGCCACGACACGCCGCUCUGUACCUCUUCCGCUGACUUUAGUUCGGGCUCGCAUGUGACCAACGAAGAAAUCCUCUUGGUCGUCUAUCCUUCUUCUGGACGUGUUUCCGCGACUUCAACACAAUAUGUGGGCUCUUCUACGUCGAUGUAGCUUUCUCUCUGCCGUCGUGACGUCGUGAGGUCACAGUGACCGUGCUUGCCUGCAGAGUGCCUCGCUUGCGUCACUGGUGCGGCACUUCUCGCCUCCAAACUCCGGGUUCGAUGUGAGGACUCCGGCGCUUGUUUCGCAAACUUUGGGAAACGAGCGUAGGACGAAAUUUGUCUCGAUACGGAGUUUGUUACCCGCUGCUUUGAAUUUCAUCUUGUUGCUUUUCUUCUGCUGCCCGCUCGCUCUUAAGAAAGGCGGUGCAUCGCUUCUGUGUGAGGACAGUGAACCACGCUGUGUUCAUGGGAUCUCUCUAUGAAUCAAUAAAAUGUUUAUGCACAA